UGGAGGGGGCGGGGCAGGCAGCCAGCGUCAGCGAGCUUGCCGCAUCCGCAGCAUCUCUCCGGAGCAGCUCGGUGGACGCCCUGUGUGUGCGACAGCUCCGGGCCUCUGCGGCAACUUGUCAGUCAUGGCCGACUCGGAAAACCAGGGCCCUGCGGAGCCGAGCCAGGCGGCGGCGACGACGACGACGACGGCGGCGACGGCGGCGGCGGCGGCAGCGGCGGCGGAGGCGGCAGCGGAGGAGGUAAUGGCGGAGGGCGGCGCGCAAGGGGGUGACGCGAAUGGAGCGGCCGGCCACUCUGACAGCUCGGCCGCCCCGAUGUCCGAGGAGCCGCAGACCCCAGCUGAGAAUGCGCCCAAGCCCAGAAAUGACUUUCUCGAGAGCCUGCCCAAUUCCGUCAAGUGCCGCGUCCUGGCGCUCAAAAAGCUGCAGAAGCGCUGCGACAAGAUAGAGGCCAAAUUCGAUAAGGAAUUCCAGGCUCUGGAAAAGAAGUACAACGACAUUUACAAGCCCCUGCUCGCCAAAAUCCAGGAGCUCACGGGGGAGAUGGAGGGCUGUGCGUGGACCUUGGAGGGGGAGGAGGACGAGGACGAGGAGUUCGAGGAGGAGGAGGAGGAGGGCGACGACGAGGAGGACGACGAGGCUGCGGCGGAGGCCGCGGGGGCCGCAGGUGACGAGCACCACACCGAGGCGCCUGAUGACGCCAAGAAGUAAGAGGGCCGACCGCGCAGACAGGUGGCAGAAACAGCGACCCCCCCCCCUUUUUUUUUUUAAAGUAUUGAUGGACUUUAAAAGGCUCAGGUGUUGGACCAAAAUGUGAAUCUAUUCUGACAUUCCUAAAGUCAAUUAAAGUAAGUAGAUCCUGGCCAGCCCAUUCCAAAUUUGACUUUUCUUCUGAACACAACCAAGAUGCCAGAAGAUGCAGAGGUGCGGUGGCGGUGGUCCGCGUGGUCUCUAGAGUAAGGACUGGACAAGGCAGGAAAGUGCGUCACGCUGAAACCCACUCAUCCCGCAACCCACUUCACGCGCAACCCCACGCCAGCCUUCAUCCUCUCAUCCUGACGUUGCGCAGUGCAGAGAAAGAAAGACGUCAUCAAAAAGACUGCAUUGCAGCCCAGACACCAGCUUUGCCCGGGGGAAGAGAUGGCGUUGGAGACAGCCUACGAUGAAGUCAUGACACUACUGAUGAUGAGACCAGGAAAAGGGCUUUUGUUCUGAGAAAGGCUCUUGAGUAUCUGAGUUUAGAGAAGAGACACGGUUCCCAACAGGAGGGUGUAUAACCUGUAUUAUAUUGUCAACCUAUGUACUCAUCAGUUACAGUCUCAUGUUUAUGUGUUUUCUUGUUAAUGUCUAUUUACAAAAGUGUAAAAAAAAUACCCCAGAUGUUUGAG